AUGAAGGUCUUCGCUCUCCUAGCCCUUGUCGGCCUUGCCGUCGCCGACCUCAUCCAGACUGGGGCGUCACUGAAGCUCGAUGACGUGCAUUAUUUUGUCUCACCCUUCUCCCAAGGCAAGCCCUCCAACCGCUCCGUCAACGUCAAGUCCCUCCCUCGUGCCUUCGGCUUCACCCCCGUCACCAUCGUCUCCGACCCCGUCCGCGAAGACGGUCUCGUUUCUCUCUUCUCUAACUGGACCGCCAAGGACGACGUCUGGCAGCCCGCCUUCCUGAGCGUCAUCUUUCUCGCAGGCGCCGAAAGCCCUCUUAUGACGAAGACCAGCUACGAAGGCAGCAACAAGACGCAGUCCGUCGUCAUCCCCCUCUCCGCGGGGCGCAGCAUCCCUUCUGGCCCGUACUUCCUCGACACCUACACCGGCAACGUUUACCAGGCCUUCCGCCUGUACGAUGACUUCGCCGGGGCCUUCUCGGAGUCCCUCCUCCAGACGCCCGACGGCACGUUCCAGACCCUGUCCGCGCAGGUCCCCUCCACGGCGUCCCUGACCAUCGGCGUCCCCUCUCGCCUCUACUUCACGCCCACGGCCGAGAAACCCUUGGCCGGCGUCCGUGUUGGCGUCAAGGACAUCUACGCCCUCGCCGGCGUCCGCGGCUCCAACGGCAACAGGGCCUGGUACUCCCUCUACCCGCCCGCCAGGGCCACGGGCCCCGCCAUCCAGAACCUCAUCGAUGCGGGCGCCAUCAUCGUUGGGUACCAGAAGCCGUCGCAGUUCGCCAACGGGGAGAUGGCCACGGCCGACUGGGUCGACUACCACGCGCCCUUCAACCCGCGCGGUGAUGGGUACAACGACCCGUCGUCCUCCUCCUCGGGUGCCGGUGCGUCCGUCGCCUCCUACGACUGGCUCGACAUCGCCGUGGGGAGCGACACAGGGGGCUCCAUCCGCGGGCCGGCCGGCGUGCAGGGCCUAUUCGGCAACCGCCCCUCGCACGACCUCGUCAGCCUGGAGGGGGUCAUGCCGCUGUCCCCUGUGCUGGACACCGCUGGCUUUCUGACUAGGAACCCGUACCUGUGGGACGAGGCGAACAAGGCCCUGUACAGAGGCAACUACACGUCGCUGGCAGGCGUCGAGGUCAAGUAUCCCAAGACGCUGUACACGCUCGGCCUCCCAAAAUUGGACAGCAUCCCUCCUGCGCAGGUGCCCGCCGCGCGGAUGCUAAACAAGUUCGCGAGCGACCUUGCCGGGUUUCUCGGGACGAACGUGACGACCUUCAACCUAACCUCAUCGUGGGCCUCUUCCGCCCCGGCGGAGGUCAGGAACCAGACUCUAACGGACGUGCUGGGGCUUACGUACGCGACGCUCAUCACCAAGCAGCAGACGGCCCUCGUCCGCGACCCCUUUUACGCCGACUACGCUGCCACCCACGACGGCCGUCUCCCCUUCGUGAACCCCGUCCCGCUCGCCCGCUGGGCUUGGGGAGACGCCCAGCCGGCCACGGCCCUCGCCGAGGCAAAGGCCAACAAGACGCUGUUCGCGGACUGGUUCAACACCCGCGUCCUCCCGCCCGCCUCCGAUGACGCCUCGUCGACGUGCUCCUCCGGCCUCCUGCUGUACGUCGGCAGCGCCGGCAUCGCGAACCCGCGGAACCAGUACCCGUCCAGCGCGCCGAGGCCGCCGGUCGGCUUCUCCAGCGGGCGGCUGAGCGUCUUCAGCGGCGCGCCAGACCACGUCUUCCCGCUGGGCGAGGUGGGCAGCGUCAGCAUCGUGACGAACCACACCGAGGUGCUGCCGGUGACGGUGGACGUCAUGGCGGCGCGGGGGUGCGACGGGCUCCUCGUGCGGCUGGCGCAGGACCUGCUCGCGGCCGGCCUGUUGAAGGUCCCCAAGGCUGGGGGCACGCUGACCGGCGGCGAGGUCCUCAUGAGGAGGGAUGUGCAUGACUGGCUUUGA